AUGAGAGCCUUGAAACACCUUAAACAUCAUUCCAGGAACAAUGUGGAGGAUCAGGCAGUUCCUCUGGUGCACUGCUACAAUGAAAUGAUGGGGAAUGUGGUGGACACUGGGACACAGACUGAUCCAGUGGUGGUCCUGUCCCUGGCUCAAGCUGCUGUGCUGGGCCUCAUAUCUCAGAAUGAAAUCUUUGGCACCACCAUUGCCCCUAAUGGUUUUUACACUGGAGAGGUACGUGACUGCCCCCCUCCACCUCCAGAGGCAAUGGAGUAUGAGUAUUCAGACCAAUUGAUUGGUGCAAAUGGAGACUAUUUACCUGAACCUAAUGGAGAAAAUAGGAGGCCACAUGGACUUUUGAGGGUGGAGAAGAGGCGUUCAAGACCUCGGGGAAUGACCAAGAGGCACCAAAGUGAAAACGAUGAGGCAAUGGAACUGGCGAAGAAAUCCAUAGAUGUACAGACUUGGGUGAAAGGAGAGCGGCCUGAGUAUUCAAGCUCCUGUUACUACUCAAAUGUUCAUUGCAAUGACAGCAGGUCUGAAGUGUUGGACCUUGCCCCCCACAGACUGAUGUUAAAGGAGGAGCAAAACAAAGACAGCCCUGAACAUGCAAAGGAGUCAAGCAACCAGCAAAGUGAUCCAGAUUCAGACACAAGUUCACAGGAUACUGAUCACACACAGGAAAUAGAAGCAGGCAGCCAGCCUGAGGGGGGAAGCACCAAAGAGGAGGGGCCAGAUGAGCAAAGAGUAUUGAAUCUUAAGACUCCUGAGGAGGAAGUGAGCCCUGUGAUAAGACGCUACUAUGAAUCUAGUGUUUUGACCUACGAAGCUGCUGAGCCAGACCUGGCACCAGCAGACUAUGAUGAUGGUGUGCAGGUGGCAACAUGGGCAGAUGGUGAGAAUCCUUUGGCCCGACGUGUUCAGAUUGAUCGUUUGGAUGUCAAUGUGCAGAUUGACGAGUCAUACUGUGUGGAUGUGGGUGAAGGCCUGAAGCGCUGGAAGUGCCGGAUGUGUGAGAAGUCUUAUACAUCAAAGUACAAUCUGGUGACACACAUCCUGGGUCACAGUGGGGUCAAACCGCAUGAGUGUGUGCACUGUGGAAAACUGUUUAAGCAACCAAGCCACCUGCAGACACAUCUGCUUACACACCAAGGCACAAGGCCGCAUAAGUGUACUGUCUGCAAGAAGGCCUUCACACAGACCAGCCACCUCAAGCGCCAUAUGCUGCAGCACAGUGACAUUAAGCCAUACAGCUGCCGCUUCUGCGGACGUGGGUUUGCCUACCCCAGCGAGUUGCGCACACAUGAGGCCAAGCAUGAAAAUGGACGGUGUCAUAUUUGCACACAAUGCACCAUGGAAUUCCCCACCUAUGCCCAUCUUCGGCGGCACCAGAUCAGUCACCAGGGCCCUGCUGCCUUUCAAUGUAGUGAGUGCCACAAGAACUUUGCCUACCGGAGUCAGCUGCAGAACCACCUAAUGAAGCACCAGAACAUGCGGCCGCACAUUUGUUCUGAGUGUGGCUUAGAGUUUGCACAGGUUCACCACCUUAAGCAGCACCUGCUCACACACAAGGGGAUGAAAGAGUACAAAUGUGAUGUGUGUUCUCGUGAGUUCACCCUGUCAGCCAAUCUGAAGCGGCACAUGCUAAUCCACACCAGUAUGCGACCUUUCCAGUGCCACAUCUGCUUUAAGACCUUCGUCCAGAAACAGACCCUCAAAACCCACAUGAUUGUCCACCUUCCCGUCAAACCCUUCAAAUGCAAGGUGUGUGGGAAGUCAUUUAAUAGAAUGUACAACCUACUUGGCCACAUGCACCUUCAUGCUGGUAGCAAGCCCUUCAAGUGCCCCUACUGCAGCAGCAAGUUCAACCUAAAGGGAAAUCUUAGCAGGCAUAUGAAGGUGAAGCAUGGCAUUCUAGAUGUCUUACCAGAUGGGCAAGACAGCCACCCUGAUAUGGAGGGCCAGGAGGACUAUGAGGAAGACAGCUUUGACUACAAUGAAAGAGAAAAUCUGGCUAGCAACAACACACAAGACCUAGCCAAACUGGCUGAGAUGGGUUAUUACAACUAUACGAAAGCUGCUGCUUACUAUACCACAGUAUAAUGCACUGUGAGACACUCAAACUCACCAAUGGCCUGUUUUUGUAAGCCUUGAUGUUUUAACAUGGACUAAAGAUGAAAUGGCUAUCUGGUGGUUGUACGCUUGUAUUUUGAUUCCUCUGUCAGAGGAAAUCCUUAAUAUGCCUCCAAAUCAUUAGAGCUUGUUAGGUUCCAUUAAAGCGUGAAUAAUACUUUAUUUAGGUGUCAAACAGUGGAUAAUAGGUUGAGGACAUCAACUGAAACUUUCUUGUGGACAAUGAUCUAAUGCCAUACGCCACUUAAGAAAGCUUUCAAAAAUAACAUUUGAGACCAAUUCAAAAUUGUAGUGCUGCAGUGUAUACAGAGGAACUUAAGAGCCAACCCUCAACCCUUUGGAAAUACUUCAGUCAUGUAAUUUUAAAUCCUCAAAGUUUAUACAAAAAAAAUUAAAGAUAAUGUAGAAUAAUAAAUUGUAUUUAACAUUUUUAAAAAUGAAUAAAAUGGUUUAGGAAUAUCUGCUAUCAUUAAAAUACUAAGAUCCGGUUAACUAGCUUGUUCAUGUUCAGUAAAUCUUGCAUUUGUCACAUGUAAACCCAAGUGAGAUUUUAGUAGGAUUGAUUUGCAUAUUCAUUUUCAGCUAAUAAUUUAAUAGCCAAACCUGUCAAAAUAAAAUAAACUCUCAAUACUGUUUUGUUUAUUAUUAGCAUUAGCUAAAUUAGCUAGCCAUCUUAGCAUGCAGGUUGUGUGUCAAACAUUCUAGACACCGGUACAACAUCGUUCUUAAAUAUCAGAGGAGUCCAAAGUGGAACAUUUUUAGAGACAUUACUAACGGACACAUAUCAUGCACAACACUCUCUGAAGCAGAGUUUUAGGAACUUUCUGGUAAUGUGUGUGGUAAAAUAUUUACAAAACUUUUAUAAACAGAAUCAGGAGAAAGAGGAGUUAACUACAUAAUGUUUUCAUGGUAGGGGUGUGUGAUAUGAUCAAAAUAUAAUCACAUGAUGAUUGCUACUAUACAUAAUAUGUAAUACAAUACAAAUUUGUUCACAAACUGCCAGCAAAGCAGUAAUGUUCAAUUUAAAAAAAAGUCAUAAAAUCAUAUCAAAUUUGUUAAUAACAAAUGUAAUACAUAAUUUUUGUAUUAGUUAAUUUAUUCCCUCUUAUUUAACACUGAAAGAGAAACCAUUUUUAAAAAUCAGUGGCACUCCACUCCCAAGUGGUGCAGGAAAUCACGAGUUUGACUCCUGAUGAUGCCACAGCCAUCCAUGGCCAGGAGACCAAGACAGCAAGGUCGGCCACCCGCAGAGAGGGAGGGGUGGCACACACACUCUCCCCAUCCAUCAUAGUACCACCAGCCAAUCAGUUAAGGCAAGCAGUUUGAUAAGAAGUGGUUGACUGGUUUAAUGUGCCUCAGAAGAAGCACAUGAUAGCCUUUUUUUUAUUUUUUAAAUAGUUUUAAAAUUUAACAUUUUGCAAUUUAAAAGAUGAAGUACAAAAGUCUGCACACAAGCUACACGCCAAUUUGCAAUUAUUUAUAUAUAAAUUUAUAAAAAGAUCACUAUUUUUGCAUGUGCGUUGUGGCAUAAUUUCGCAUUACAGAUAUUACAUAAUUUCACCCAGGGGAAUUACUACCAUCAUAACUUAUUUACUACAUACCCAGUUUCAGAAAAGUUGGGAUAUCCCAAAUGCAAUAAAAGCAAAAAUCUCAUCUCAUUAUCUCUAGCCGCUUUAUCCUUCUACAGGGUCGCAGGCAAGCUGGAGCCUAUCCCAGCUGACUACGGGCAAAAGGCGGGGUACACCCUGGACAAGUUGCCAGGUCAUCACAGGGCUGACACACAGACAACCAUUCACACUCACACCUACGGUCAAUUUAGAGUCACCAGUUAACCUAACCUGCAUGUCUUUGGACUGUGGGGGAAACCGGAGCACCCGGAGGAAACCCACGCGGACACGGGGAGAACAUGCAAACGCCGCACAGAAAGGCCCUCGCCGGCCACAGGGCUCGAACCCAGGACCUUCUUGCUGUGAGGCGACAGCGCUAACCACUACACCACCGUGCCGCCCUAAAAGCAAAAAUCUGAUUUUGUUAAUUCACAUGAAUUUUUAUUUAACUGACAAAAGUACAAAGACAAGAUUUUCAAUAGCUUUACUGACCAACUUAAUUGCAUUUUGUAAAUAUAAAUGAAGUUAGAGUUUGACGCUGGCAACACACACAAGUUGGGACAGAGGCAUUAUUACCGUUAUAUUACAUCACCUUUCCUUUUAAUAACUUUUUUUUUUAAUCAUAUGGGAACCAAGGAUACUAAUUGUUGCAGUUUUGUAAUUGGAAUUUUUGUCCAUUCUCGCUUGAUACAAGACUUCAGUUGCUCAACAGUCCGUGGUCACCGUUUUCUGAUUCUCUUCUUCAGGAUGUGCCAUACAUUUUCAAUAGGAGACAGAUCUAGACUGGCAGCAGGCUAGUCAAGCACAUGCACGGUGUCUACGAAGCCACACUGCUGUAGCCCUGCAGAAUAAAGCCUGAUAUUGUCCUGAUGAAAUAAGCAUGGACUUCCCAGGAAGAGACAUCACCUUGAUGGCAACACAUCUAAUGUCCCAAUAUACGCCGCCACGUCAAUGGUACCUUCACACACAUGCAACUCACCUAUGCCGUAGGCAUUGAUGCACCCCCAUACUAUCACAGAUGCUGGUGUUUGCACAUUUCUCUGAAAACAAACUGGAUGGUUGUGUUCACCUUUGACAUGGAGAAAUCGGCAUCUAAUUUUCCCCAAAAACGAGCUGAAAUGUGGACUCAUCUGACCACAGCACAGGUUGCCACUGUCUUUCGGUCCAUCCAAGAUGAGUUUGGGCCCAGAGAAAUUAGCGGCAUUUCUGCAUAGAAUUGAUGAAUGGCUUCCCCCUCGCACAAUGUAGAUUUUGGUUGUUGUGGAUGCAGCAGUAGACUGUGUUAAAUGACAAUUUUCAGAAGUACUCCUGAGCCCAUGUAGCUAUAUUAUUCACAUUAGCAUGACUGUUUCUCAGGCAGUAUUGCCUGAGACUUUGAAGGUCACUCACAUUCAACAAUGGUUUCUGACCUUGCCCUUUACAUACUGAGAUGUCUCCGAAUUCCCUGAAUCUUUUCACAAUAUUAUGUGCUGUAGAUUUUGAAAGACCUAAAUUCUCUGCAAUCUUGCAUUGAGAAAUGUUCCUUUUGAGUUGGCUAACAAUUGUCUCAUGAAUUUUGGCACAAAAGGGUGACCCAUCCUUCCUUACAAAGACUGAGCUUUUGAUGCAUGCUCCUUUUAUACCCAAUCAUGAUACUCUCACCCAUUACCAAUUAAGCUACUUAUUGUGGAAUCUUCUAAAGUGGUGUGACUUGAAUAUCCUAUAAAUUUUUCCAGUCUUAUUUUGCCUCUGUCCCAGUUUGUUUUUGAAUGGGGUGCAGGCAUCAAAUUCCAAUUUUGUUUAUUUACAAAAUACAAUUAAGUUGGUCAGUCAGUAAAAUUUUUGAAAAUCUUUGUGCUUUGGUCAGUUAAAUAAAGGUUCAUGUGAAUUAAAGUCACAGAACUUGCUUUUAUUGCAUUUUGGAAAAUAUCCCAACUUUUCUGGAAAUGGAGAUUGUAUAAGCACAGUAGUAAUCUUCUCUUUCAUGUUAGGAACUACCACCAAAUGGAGACAAAGUGUAAAAUCUUGUUUGGUUUCUAACUGUCUAGUAAAACUUGAUGAACCACAAAGUUUUUGACAAGUGGGUUGACUGUACAUCAGGAACACUUUAGUGAUUAAACCAUAUAUGCCUAAUGCAAGUCCAGCUCCCAUUGCAGACAGUUUAGCAUCAUACGUUUGGUCGCUAAAGUGUUCUACAAAGCCAGAUUAAAUGGUUUGACCCUUUGUUCACGUGACCAUCCAAGGAACACCCAAGAAGCCCGGGGGGGAUAAACAAAAGUAGAAAUAAAAUAAACAAACAAACCCCCACACCAUUAAAGCUACAUUUGGUCUCUAGGGCUGAAUGUGAAAAUCAUAGGCACAUAACGAUUCACCAAAUUCAUGAUUGUUUUCGACUCACAAGCAGAUAACUUUAUUACAAAAGAAGUGCAACACUUAUUUUCCUAUUCUUUAUCAACUUAAAUAUUCCUUUUGUUAAAUAAAUAUAUACUUUUGCUUCAACAGUAAUGAUUCACAAACACUGAGUAAGGUACAAAUCAAUUCACGAAAACAUGCCUUUUAUUAAAAAAUGAAAUAAGUAGGCAUUUUCUUCACCAUUUCUGAACAUUUGGGAAGGCUAUAGUCGGAUUUAAACAUACAAUUACCACUGCCAUUUGCUUCUCUUUUCUUAAGCUUUCAGCAGUCUGGAAAAAGAUAGCUCCAAUUAUUUGUUGAAUGUAUUUGUAUAGUUAAUUGCACAACAGCUCUUUCCCAUUUUAGAUUUUUUUUGUGCAUUUUUGCAGCAUUUGAGCCAUGUUACUUCCACCUGCUGUGAUGUCAUGUGCAUUCCCUCUUUUGUACAUUAUACAGAAAAACUAAGAUGACACACAGCCUAAUAAUAACAACAACAACAACAUUGUUCGUUAUUUAUUGCCUCAAUUCAAAUAGUGAAAUUUGUGCCGCAAUACCUUCGUAUGAUGUACUGUUACAUGCCUAGAAGAUCAUGCCUCAAACAACUUUAUUACAACUAUAUUAACUGUCCCUGUGUAACACAGCAUGCCAUCCAUGUUUUCCAUAUGGAACUCUACAAUGAUGAACUGCAGCCUACAGCUGUGUGGCAGGACCAUAGAUGCAAGACAGAAUGAUUGUCAAAUUAAGCAGAAAUGAUACUUUUACAGAAUAAUUCUCAUUCACACUUACUGAACAGCCACCUGGACAAUGUUAUAUGCUGUUAAAACACCAUAAAUUAAUCCAGAAUGGACAUUUCAACUGUUUUAAAUACCUUCCUUAAGGCUUGGGGUAUCCUGCCUUGUUUAAGUUUUGUCUAAGCUUUGAUUUUGUUGCACAUAAUUGUAAAUAUGCUGUUAAUAAAGGUCUAUGUUAAAUGUG